UUGUGUCGCCUCAACAUACCGCCAACUUCAUCAAGAGCUGCGGGGAGCUUCGCCGCUCUUUGCUGAGAGGUGGCGGGCGUUCACUGAGACGAAGUGGUAUGCCACCACUGUGAGCAUCGCCAAACAGCCCAACGAGUUGGCAAGGUUGUAUAGCUCGCUAUGACUGAUCAUCUUGUCUACAGCACUAUCAAGCAUCGUCAAGGAUAGUAGGUGAUUGAGGUACGAACCGAGCCGACUAUAACAAGAUGCGAGCAACGGAUAUUCGUCGUAGCGACAUGCCCGGACCUAAGGUCUACAACCUGUGGUGGGGUGACAAGGAGCUCCCCAGGCAGAAGGGCCUGGUCCAGUACAGCAUGUCCCCGAUGAGGCAGCGCGCUACGCAUCAUAUCAUCCGCAACUGGGUCUUCAACGGUUACCGCCGCCUGUCGGGCCAGGUUGGCUACUGGAUCGUUCCAGUCGCUAUCGGCUACGGCACGUACGCGUGGGCGAAGCGCUACGAUGCCUUCCACAACAGCAAGGCAGGGCACCUGGCCGCGCAGGGUGGCCACUAAAUUAGAUUUGCUGUUGAAGCGGAAUACUAGAGAUCUGGUGCUUCCAUUAAUGCGUGCUGUGAGACUUGGCUAAGCCGGAUGGGUAGAGCGGUUCGCGCCCUUC